UCAGUAAGAAAAAUCGGCGGCAUUUUCAUUUUUUUUGGUACAUCAGAAUGUCCCUUCAUCUCAGUUAUCCACUCCCGAUAAUCCCCUGCCGGAAUGGAUUCCGGACCAAAUCUCAGCCACCGGCGGCAAAUUCGGUCGUCACAUGCUCCGCCAUCAACCGUUACUCCGCCGGAUGCAAAAGGCAAUAUACCAGUGUGAUGAUAGUCCCGACGGGCGUAGGAGCCGCCAUUGGUGGAUACGCAGGUGACGCUCUUCCGGUUGCUCGUGCCCUUGCCUCAGUCGUUGAUUGCCUUAUAACUCAUCCUAACGUGCUUAAUGCAGCUAUGCUUUACUGGCCUAUGUCCAAUGUGCUGUAUGUUGAAGGCUAUGCACUAGAUCGGUUUGCAGAAGGUUCAUGGGCCCUACAGCCUGUUCACCAGAAUCGGGUAGGAUUGGUUCUUGAUGCUGGAAUGGAGGAAGAGCUUCGAAUUCGUCACUUGCAAGUGGCUGAUGCUGCUAGGGCCUCUCUUGGGUUGCCUGUGAUGGAAUAUGUUGUCACAGAGACACCUUUAAUGGUAGAGAAGUGGAUUGAUCCAAAAACUGGGCAAUCAACUGGGAGGAUUAGACACCCUGCUUCAUUGCUGAGAGCUGUGCAGGCAUUGAUGAAACGAUCAAAGGUGAAUGCAGUUGCAGUUGUUGGACGAUUCCCAGAUGAUGAUGUUGAAGAGACGGAUAAUUAUCGACAAGGGAUGGGAGUUGAUACUUUGGCAGGGGUUGAGGCUAUUAUCAGCCAUCUUGUGGUGAAGGAGUUUCAGAUUCCAUGUGCUCAUGCUCCUGCUUUAUCGCCUACUCCCGUAUGCAAAUCUGUAUCUCCAAAAUCAGCAGCAGAGGAGUUAGGAUACACAUUCUUACCAUGUGUACUUUCUGGGCUAAGCUAUGCGCCUCAAUACUUGAGCAAUAGUUCUGAAUCAUUGGGGAAGGACUGCAUAUUGGCAAAUGAUGUCGAUAGUGUCAUUGUACCUAUAGAUGCAUGUGGAGGGGAUGGCGCCCUUGCCUUUGCCAGAAGCAAACAGCACAAGCCACUUAUUAUUGCGGUUGAGGAAAAUGAAACAGUUCUCAGUGAUUCUCCAGAGUCACUUGGGAUUGAGGCGGUAAAAGUCUCAAAUUAUUGGGAAGCCAUAGGUGUUGUUGCAGCUCACAAGGCAGGAAUAGAUCCUUAUUCCCUGCGAAGAAAUAGGAUCAACAACAUUCAUUCCAUUUCCAUUACAUCUCCUAAUGGCCAUGCAGUUUCAAGUGCCCCUCAACGAUUCAACUGAGGAUCUACUGAAUUCGCAAAGUUCCAUACAUAUUCUACUCCUACUCACCAGGGAGGUCCAUCACCGGAGCCGGAGACGUCAUGAAGAAAGACUGCACCGAUCUCAUUCGUCGGAUUGCGCUCCUGAUUCAUCUGGCGGAGGAGAUCACAAACUUUUGUGGUGGCUUCCGGGACAAGAUUGAGGC